UGUGAUUUUAUAUAUUCCUUGUCAAUUGAUACAGCUGAUGGACCAUUGGGUAUUGUCCAGCUAAAGUGAGUCUAUACAGCUUUUUUCCGGUGAGAGAAGAACAAGAACAUCAUCACACCAGAAGAUGUCGUCUCGCCCAACUGCUGUCAAGGAGGAGAAUUGAUAACCAACAAACUCAAGAUAGCAAAGAACGUAGAUACUCAAGAUUUGCCGAAUGAAUGAAGGAAAUACGGGCGGUGGAGUCAUCUCAAGUUCUGCAGAAGUUGAUGGACUUCGUUGCCUCUCGGGAGAUAAGCCGUUCUUUGAUGUUAUUCUGUCAAAGUCACAUAUUGACCCCCCUCAUUGUCUGCGUGUGCCAACACAUAUUCUUCCAAGUCUUCCUAGUGUUGCUGUGCCUUUGGUUCUGAGACAUGGUGAUAAAGAGUGGCGGACACUGUACAAUGGAGGCUGCAGGAGGCCGAGGAUUGAGUAUGCGGGUUGGAAAAGCUUUGUGGUUGAUAACAACCUCAAAGUUGGAGAUGCUUGCGUGUUCGAGGUGCUGGAAUCUAGCACUGAGAUUCUGAGGCUGAGAGUCCUCAUCCUGAGGAACACCAUGUAUCUGCCUCCUCAACUACUGCCAUCUGAUGGGAGGACUCCAGAGACAGCGAUAGAGAUUCCCUAGAUUAUGUAUUCACCUCUUUUCGUGUUUUUGUUUAGAGAUUUCUGUACUCAUUAACUCGUCUCUGUUUUCUGCUAACCUCUUAAUCAAGCUAGCACCUUUUGGUAAGGUGAA